AUGGGGAGGGCUCAGCUGUGUGGGUCCAUGCUGGGGUAUUUAGGGAAGAGGCACCAGCACUGGGUGCAGGCAGCAGUGACCGUCUCCUACACACUGAAAAUUGCCAGCUCCUGCUUUGGAGGUUUCUCCAAGAUGCUCUUCUGCUGGAAGGGCAGCAUCUACAAGCUGCUGUACAAGGAGUUCAUCGUCUUCGUGGUGCUGUACACCAUGCUCAGCAUCGUCUACUGACAGCUGCUGACCAAGGAGCAGAAGCGCCUCUAUACCAGAGUGGCUCAAUAUUGCAAUUGCUCCAUGGACCUCAUCCCCAUGUCGUUUGUCCUAGGUUUUUAUGUGACCCAGGUCGUGAACUGGUCCCAGUACACCAGCAUCCCCCUGCCCGACUAGCUCAUGUGCAUCAUCUCCAGCAAUGUCCACGGUAAGGUCGAGAGGGGCCGGAUCCUGCAGCAAACCCUCAUCUGCUAUGCCAACCUGUCAGCAGGGCUCAUCCUGCUCUCCAUCAGCACCAGGGUGCUCAAGUGCUUCCCCAACAUGGACCACGUGGUGGAAGCAGGUUUCAUGACACAGGAUGAGUGCAAGAAGCUUGAGAGCCUCCACUCCAACUUCAACAAGUACUGGAUCCCCUGUGUGUGGUUCACCAAUCUGGCUGCCCAGGCCAGGUGGUAUGGACACAUCUGUGAUGACGUGGCCCUCCGCCUGCUCAUGGAUGAGCUGAAUCUCUACUGGGCCAAGUGCAGCAUAUUGUUCCAUUACGACUGGAUCAGCAUCCCCUUGGUGUACACACAGGUGGUGGUCCCUAUUGCUGUCUAUUCCUUCUUUCCCUUCUGCCUCAUCAGGCAGCAGUUCCUGGAGCCACUAGAGCCAGGGCAGGAGGGGAACCCAGACAUGUACAUCCCCUUCUCCACCCUCCUCCAGUUCUUCUUCUAUGCUGGCUGGCUGAAGGCUGCAGAGCAGAUCAUUAACCCCUUUGGAGAAGGUGAUGAUGACUUUGAGACCAACAAGCUGAUAGGCAGGAACCUACAGGUGUCCCUGCUCUUGGUGGAUGACAUGUACCAGAACCUGCCCCCGGUCAUGAAGGACAAAUACUGGAAUGAAUCCACAGCUCAGCCCCCCUACACCAGAGCUACAGCUGCUGAGACCUUGAAGCCUUCCUUCCUGGGCUCCACCUUCGACAUGUGGUGA